AUGGACGGACGCGGCCCGUACGGCCUCGCCUGUCAAAACUGCGCCAAGGGUAAGGUCAAGUGUAUUGCGAUGCCCGAUGGCGACGGGUGUCAAAGAUGCCACCGGCUCAAGAAGCCGUGCCAUCCGUCUCAUGGCGUGAGGAAGCGCGAGUCGCAGCAUUUUCAGAGUCCUUUGAUUGAGGAGAUGGACGCUAAGCUAGAUAGUGUACUUUCUUUGUUACAGUCCGUCUACCUGCAACCUUCAUCGCCAAAUGGCCAGGCUCAGCAGUAUAAGCGUAAGGCCAGUACUCCAGAGCUAUCUUCCCCUACUCAACCAGCGCGCACUUCGGUUUCGGAGUCGACAUACAUCCUCCCACCGGGGCCUCUAACAUCCCCUGACAUCGUGGAUGCCGAGGGGGCGCUGAACCGGUUUCGCGAAGAGGUCUUACGAUUUUGUCCGUUUCUCUAUCUGCCGCCGGGCCUAACGGCCCGGCAGCUGCAACAGGAACGGCCUUUUCUAUUUGAGACAAUUCUGUCUGUGAUGACGCGCUCCGUGCAGGAGAAGAUGAAUUGGUCAAAGAGGAUUAAAAGCACAAUUGCUCAUUCUAUGGUAAUGGAAAACGAAUCAAAUAUCGACCUGCUUCUUGGGUUGCUGGUUUACGCGUGCUGGAGCCAAGACCACUAUCUUAAGAGAAUGCCGACUCUGACGCGGAUUGUCGAGCUGGCCGUCUCCGUUGUCAUGGACCUGAAUCUGAACAAGCCGCCCCCGCCUGAUGCGCACAGGCUCACCGAGUUGGGUGGAGGGAAUGAUCCCAAUUGGACGAGGAAAGGACCCAAGAUACGGACGGCAGAAGAGAAACGCGCGGUUCUCGGCUGUUUUUUCGUGAGCUCUAUUAUUUCGAGUUAUUUCUACCAGAUGGACGCCAUGCGGUGGACGCUGCAAAUGGAGGAGGACCUUGGGUCCCUUGCCGCCAGCCCCGAAUGGCCGGGUGACGCUGCACUGGCUGUCCAUGUACGCUUGCAGCUCCUGGCGGAAAACGCACGGAAACUUCGUGACGAGCACGGGACGAAGCCAGUGCAUAUCCCGUUCUUUCUUAAAAGCUUUCGGUUUGAACUUGAGGCAAUUCGUAAUUCUAUCCCUCCCGACCUCCAAAAAGAUGAUACCAUCCUCUCACAGUUGCAUUAUGUGGAGCUGAGCAUCCACGAAACGGCGUUUACAGCGAACGUCAUCCCCCACUCUAUAAAUACGAACAAUCCCAUAGGCCCGGAUGCUGUAGACUGCAUGUGGCACUCCCUCCUCGCGAUCAAAUCCUGGGAUACCAUAUAUCGCAGGAUGCCUCCUGAUGACCACACACGAUGGUCGAUUAUCCAGUGGAUCCACCUAUCCCGGGCCGUUGUCACACUCUAUCGACUAUCAACACACCCAGCACCGGACUGGAAUCGCGAUGCGGUGUACAAAACUCUCAAUAUCGUUGAUGUAUUCACCCACAUCCGUGCCUCCUUUGAUCAGCUUGUGCCCAAUCCCGGAGGCCCAUUCCCAAAUGACUUCUGGGCGCAUGGCUGGCUGCUCGGGCGAGCGAUAGCAACAUGGCUGCAUGCGCCAGGGCGGUUACACCCCCCGAAUACUGAUGAACCGACUGCCUGGGCUCAAACGAGCAGCUCCCAUAACGGCGAACAGGUGCUUCCCACAUGGAAUCCGCCUGCGCCCGCUCUCCAACCGCAACCCAUCCAAGAGUCACUUCAGUUCACGAAUCCAGCCUGGAUGGAUGGACUGGGGCUCCCACCGGGAGAUCCGACGGGAGGUAUGCACCAAGCAGCGGGACUGCACCCGACGGGGCAAAUGCACUUUUGA